GCCAGUGCUCUAGGAUGACACCACAUAACAGAAAGAACUGUGGCUUCCCGGGCAUCACCACUGACCAGUGCUUCAAUCUCGGAUGUUGCUUUGACUCCAGCAUUGGUGGGGUCCCCUGGUGUUUCCACCCACUUCCAAAACAAGAAUCAGAGCAGUGUGUCAUGGAAGUGUCAGCCCGAAAGAACUGUGGGUACCCGGGCAUCAGCCCUGAGAAUUGCACUGUUCGAAACUGCUGCUUUUCCAACCUGAUCUUUGAGGUGCCCUGGUGUUUCUACCCACAGUCUGUGGAAGAUUGUCAUUACUGAGAGGUCGUGCUGUCCAGCCGCUGGUUCCCUGGGAGCUGCAAGCCAGAGGAAAAAGGUCUCAGCUGGACUCCAUCAACUUCUGAGCUUUCAUAAACCAUCCUGACUCUCUGCAGUGGCCAAUCAUGGCAAUAUUCCUAGUAAAGAAACCUUUAAAACCUG